AGGGAAAGUAAGAAGAAACACAAACUGAGCUCUAGCAGAGGGAGAGGAGCCGUUAGUUCAGUUUGAUUUAAGUUACUUAGCUGUAGUCAGUUAGUUUGAACUUUAAUGGAUGCGUCUCCUUUCAACAGAAAAAGGCCCAGUGGUGGAGCUGUCCUCCAGCUGCACCAGGAGGCCCAAUGCCAGCCUGCAGCCUGUAAGAGGAGGUGCAGAAGGAAGGAGGAGGAGGAGAUGAAGACGAGGAGACGGAGGAGUAGAGCAGGAGGAAGCUGUGAGGAGAACAAAGAUCCAAGAGCACGCCUGCAGAGGAAUAUAAGAACACAGAACCUGAGGAGGUCUUCGCAGUCUGGAACCAGGACCAAGAGCAACAUCAGAACUGUCUCUACAGCUGGACUCAGGUCUGGAGUGAUGAUCCAGUCCUGUAGACCUGAAGUCAAAGUGGCCCAGAUCAGGAAGACUAGGAUCAGGACUUCUGUUCAGACACUGGAGCUCAGAGAGGCAAGGUCUGCAAAAGGUGACAUGAACAAGGAGCAGACUGAUCCAGGAGCCAUUGAGACCCAGCUGGACCACAGAAGACCAAACCAGGUCCACCAGUCCAGCUCUGAGUCCAGAUCAACAGCAGGUCUGAUCUCAGAGUGGUCCUCAGAGACCAGGAACAACAGGAAGAGGUCUGAGAGACACCAGGGUCCAGAGUCCUGCAGAGGAGAGGGGGGACCACAAAGGAUCAGAUCAAAGUCUGAGGGCAAAGCUGAGAGCGGAAUCAGGAAGAGGAGGAAGAUCCACCCGUCUGAGUUCAGAGGGAGAGGUCAGCUGCGUCUGUCCAUCACUCCAGAGGCGGGGCAGCUGAUUAUUGACAUAUACAAAGCGAAGGGGCUGCUGGGAAAAUCUCAAUGGUCAUGUGAUUCCUAUGUCAAGCUGGUGGUGUCCUCUGAGGAUGACCGAAGCAUCAAGAUGAAAACUCCAACUGUCCUCAGCAACAAAAAUCCAGAAUACAACCACAGCUUUAUACUGUGUAUCAGUGACAACAUCCUCAGGAGCAGAUUGUUGGUUUCUGUGUUCAACAGGUGCAAUCAGCUGAUUGGCUGCAUGAGCUUUGGGAUCGGCUCUCUUGUCUCCUCUUCUAAGCCUGUCUCUGGUUGGUUCUACCUGCUGGGGGAGGACUUCGGGCAGAGCAAACACCUAAGAGUGGCGGCACAUGGAAACAAACCAAUGAGAAGCCAGGGGAAAGAGAACAGACCAGCACAGUGUGCAGACCUAAGGAAGACUCCAGACUCCACUCCAGAUACCGACCUGAAUCACAUCGCCACCACCACCACCUCCACAACUGUCACCAGCCUGUCAAACUACACCACUACCAACACUACAACCACAGGACUCAAAGACCUGACAAACUACGGCCUUGACCCCAUCAAUGCCAACUACAGGUCUGGACCAGCCAACACAAACUACAGCAGCUACGUGUCCUCUGUCUGCAACUCAAACCAACAACAAGCCACCAGAGACAACGGCAGCAUCCAGCGACUUACGGUAAACAUAGUUCGUGGGAAAGAUGGUUUUGGAUUUACCAUUUGCUCCGACUGUCCAGUCAGAGUCCAGGCUGUCGACUCUGGAGGUCCGGCUCAUCUGUCUGGUCUCCGUCAGGGAGACUCUGUCCUGCAGCUGAACGGACACCCUGUAGAAACCUGGAAGUGUGCUGAUGUGGCCCACGCUAUCAGGAGUUGUCCGUCUCAGAUCGUGUUGGUGGUGUGGAGAGGUUUACCUGAGCUGAGGACUAGCUGUGAAGGAGUGCUCCACCAACCAGCACAGAGCAAGACAUCAGGCAGAAAGUUGCUUUCUCACCCCACCCACAGUAAACAUGGCCGCAGACGGGGUCAAGGACUGGGGGUCAGGUCCAGUUUUGGGGCUCUAGGUUCCCUGUGGAGGGACAGGAAAGAGAACCGGGAUGAGGAGGAGGAGGAGGAGGAGGAGGCAGAAGAGCAGGAGAUGACUGAGUACUCGCCUCACACCACCACACUCAAAGGCACCCGCGUGACAUCAUCAAAUGGCGACAAUUACAUCAUACUAUCACCUGUGAAUCAAGGAGGACAGCUGCUGCAGCCAGUUUAUCACGACAGAAAUGGGACAAUUGGGCGUCUGUACCAGACUCAUCCCAGCAGAGGUCACGGUCAGAACCUCCUCCAUGACCCUCGACCUGGGACAUCAAGGCGACCAUACUCUGGCUGCACCUCCACCCUGCCCCCACCCACUACCUCCUCCACCUCCUCUAUAUCAGCCCCACCCAGUAGCUAUGGCAACUACCAGAACUGUACCAUUGUCCAAUCACAUCUUCCCUGCUCCACCUAUGGGACCUACGUCACCCUAGCACCCAAAACUCUCAUAUUCCCCAUUUUUGUCCAGCCUUUGGAUCUGUGCAGCCCAGACCGAACCCUACUGAUGGCAGAGGAAAUGGUUCUACACCAGAAUGACCUGCUGCCUUCAAAGGUGACAGUACUGAUCUACAGCGACCUGCUGCUGUUCACAAGAGAGGAUGAAGUCGGACGCUGUAAUGUCCUACAGAGUCCAGUGUACUUAAACACUCUGCAGCUCAGAGAGGUGCCAUCAGAGCCCCUCCAGAUCUACUUCCUGCAGAGCUCUCAGGGCUGCUGGCGCUGUCUGUUCAGUCUGGAGGCAUUCAGCAUUGAGCAGAAGGUCAGGGUCAGUCUCUGUCUCCAUGACAACAUUCAACUACAGCUGAUCUCCACUGAUAGUGGACGCUCCCACCAGCUUUCAGAUCUCCCCUCAGACUUUGGCCUCCUCUCUCUUGGUCAGUCUGAUCUCCUCUACCGCCCCUCAUCUCCCUACUCCACCUCUGAUCCUCCCCUCCUCAACCCCUCCUCCCCUUUCUCCUCCUCUUUCAGACCUCCUUCUCCAUCUCCUUACCCUGCCAGCCCUAUCUACACCUCCCCUACUCCUCCUCCUCCUCCCUUCUCCUCUCUCUCUCCUUACGCCACCCUCGCCUCAAAUCCUCCCAGGACCUUCGCCACGACAACUCAGAACCUCCCACCAUCUCUCGUCACCUCUUCCUCCAAGCUAAGGAGUCCAGUCUGGAAGGAAAGAGGACAAUCAGAAGAGGAGGAGAGGAGGAAGAAAAAGCGUGAGGAGGAAGAGGAAGAGGAGCGGCAGCAAGGGGAGGGGGAGAGUGCCUCAGAGACAUCAGAAAAUGUUGGUGGUGUUGGGGGGAGAGGUCUCAUGCUUAGUCCCCUCUAUUUCAACAUGAAAGGGGACGAAGACCUAGAGAGUGAUGAUGAUGAAGAGGAGCAGGACGGAGGAUGUGCACAGGAGUUUGUCUCAACCCACAGACCUGAAGUUCUACGACGUUCUCUCUCUGAGGGUACUCUAAUGAAGGAACCUCGAUCACCACGCUUCCUGUCCGAUAGCACCAUCCAUCGACUUACCCACCCUGCAACCUGUGAGCUCGACCUCGCCACAGGCCCCACUCCCAGGCGCCCCUCCAUCCACACACUAAGGAAACAGCUGACAAAAGAGGGGGGAUCCCUGCACCACAUGAUACUGCUUCUUAAUGGCACCAAGGAUGCUGAGCUCAGAAACCUUCAGCUGCGGAAGAAAACAAGGAAUCUAGCUGCUGAUGUACGGAACCGUCUGCCAUUUUUACGAAGACGCAAAAACAGUAGCUGCGUCCAGGGAAACAGUUUGGAGAAAGCCCUGAGGAAUACAAGACCAUCUACAAAGGAGGUUCUUAGGUGGGCGGAAAGUCUAGAAGCUCUGCUGACCAAUCAAUAUGGUCUAGCAGUCUUUCGUCAUUUUCUGAGGUCAGAGUUCAGUGAGGAGAACUUGGACUUCUGGUUGGCUGUGGAGAAAUUUAAGAAGACACGCCCACUCAGCAAGAUUGCCAUCAGAGCAUCAAAAAUCUAUGAUGAGUUCAUAUCUACAAAAGCAGCAAGACAAGUUAACGUGGACUCAUCUGUCAGAGAAUCAACCAAUCAGAGCUUGUGUCAAGGAGUUAACCUGGACUGUUUCCAGCUGGCCCAGGAUCAGAUUUUUGGUCUGAUGGAGACUGACAGCUACCCACGAUUCCUUAGGUCACAUCUGUAUGCCCAGCUGGCCAGUCAGGGCGUACAGACAACAGCAUCAGCCAACCGGAACAAAGCUGGACCCGUACCUGUGGGCCAAUCAUGAACAAGGACGAGUUUGAGUCUAGAAGAAGAACUGCAAUGAAAAGAACAAACCAUGUGGCGUUAUGGGAAAUGUUGGAUGGAGUUUAAUAAAAGUGAUGAUAACUUCACCUCUGCUAUUCAGAUAAGGGAUGCUCAGUUAGUUUGUUUUCCAAGACAAGGCUUCUUUAAUUUUUUUAUUUGACACCUUGAAUCAACAUAUUGAGUCUUUGAGUCAAACCAAGUCUGGUUUUCUUCAAAGACUGAGAGAUGGAUAGUCAUGUUUUAACUAACUAUUUGUUUUAACAUAAGAAGUCUGAGGUUAAAAAGGGAACAAAAUCAUGGCAGGCAUGCUGUAACCAAUCAAUGAAGGGAAUAAAGCUCUAGAUAUCCAGCAUAGAAAAAGAAGUGGAUGAAGUCAUGGUCUGUUACUUCAGUUGAGAGUGAGCAUUCACAUUCUUUGUGGGUUGAAUUAUUCAGACAUCCUUAGACAUCUAUGCUCCUCUUAAGACUGAAUGGUAUUGAGCUAGAUGAUCAUGUUACUUUUCACCCAGCACCAUACUUAGGUCAUAUUUUAAUGUGUCCACCACUUUUAUGACCUUUAAGAGCAUCAGCCUCAGUUGGACUGUGAGUUUACCGCCCGCUAGCUAAUGUUAGCAUGCUAACAGGCUUUACUAAGAUUACAAACAGUGUUAACCUUAUAGUUUCUGAGAGGUCAGUCGUAGCGGUAUCAUUGUGACCAUGUUAGCAUGUUGAUGUCAGCACUCAGUUCUAGAGCAGUCUCACAGAGUGGUCUGGUCAUUAAUAGAUAGAUUAAAGAAAUAAGAGGCAGUGAAACUGCUUUUAAAAUUCAUAUUAUAAUUUAAACAUUAAAACACAACGUAGAACCAGAAGAAUAUAUAGAUCUUAUCUGAACACAAAAGGAAAAAUAAUGUUUUUAGUAUGUUUCAUUAGACAAGUAUAAAGUGCAAAUUUAACCUGAAGUAAAUGUGUUUAUUAGCAGACUAGACCUAAAACGCUGCUACAGAAGAUUAUUAAAAGGUGAAAGGAACAUUUACGUGCUCUCCUGUUUAAGAGAAAAAGUGAUGAAAUCUUCAGUAAAAGUUUUACAAUAAAUGAUGAUGUUGUUGGA